AUGGCUAAGGUAUUUGACCUUAAUAGUGUGAAGCCACAUGAGUUUGUUGAGUACGGGCUGGGUUGCUUGAAGAAGUUUGCUGCUCUUGGCGACAAUUGUGCAAAAGAAACUCGCGAAAGAUUGAGGGUUGUGGUUGCAGGAGGUGAUGGAACCGUUGGUUGGGUUCUUGGAUGCCUUGGAGAGCUUCACAAACAGGGAAGAAACCCCAUACCGCCAACAGCAAUUAUACCUCUUGGUACAGGAAAUGACUUGUCCAGGAGUUUUGGUUGGGGUGGUUCUUUUCCUUUAUCCUGGAGAGCAGCUAUUAAAAGAACUCUUGUUAAGGCCACUUAUUCUCCAACUAGCCGUCUUGAUAGUUGGAAUCUUUCGAUAUCCAUGCCGUCUGAUGUAACUUUGGAUACCCCUCAUUCUUUGAAGCAAACAGAGGAGGUUGCUCUUGAUCAGGAUAUAGAUGUUUUGGGGAAGUUACCCGAGAAAGUUUCCUGCUAUCAAGGAGUGUUAUUUUAG